CGAGUGUUCAUUGGCCCGUGCUCCUCUGCUCUGAGUCCGGAGUCCGGACUUGGGAGCCCAACUCAGCCAACAAUAAACACCUGCUGCCGAACGCGACGCUCCGGUAGACAGAAUGGAAAGCUUGUGUGGACUGACUCUAGGUGCUGACCCAGAGGGAUUCUGGGAUAUCCUGGAGGAGAGGAGGAGGAGCAGUGACCUCAGCCACGCCCUUAGGACCUUUAACCCCCAGCAUUACUGCAGGAUCACGACCUCCUCAUCCAGCACCAUCAACAGGACAGUCCUGAAAUCACAGUACCUACGCUACAUUACACAGGAGAUUGCUGAGGAGACAGGGGAGCCAGUGGAGCUGGUGAGGGAGGAGGCUGCUGGGAUACUGGAGGAGAUGGCUCAGAACCUGCAGCUAGGUUUUAUACGUCUGCUGGCCUUCAGUCUCAGCAAAACAUUCAAGAGGCUUUUCAGCAGCAUACGUGUCAAUGAGGAAGGACUGAGCAGGCUGCAGGCAGCCAUUAAGGAUCACCCCGUUAUCCUGAUGCCCACUCACAGGAGCUAUGUGGACUUCCUGGUCGUCUCCUACAUCCUCUUUACCUAUGACCUUCCCAUUCCCGUCAUCGCGGCCGGAAUUCCGUUGAUGGGAAUGAAGCUGAUUGGGGAGAUUUUCCGUCGUUCAGGGGCAUUUUUUAUCCGCCGUACGAUUGGCUCAGACAAGCUGUACUGGGCAGUGCUCUCUGAGUAUGUGAAAACAUUAGUGCGGACGGGUUUUGCUCCACUGGAGUUCUAUGUGGAGGGACUGCGCAGCAGGACUCUGAAAUCACUCUCACCAAAAUUAGGUAUGAUGUAUAUGAUCCUGGAACCCUUUAUUAAAGGGGAGGUGUUUGAUAUCAGCCUGGUUCCCAUCAGUAUCAGUUACGAUCGAGUUCUAGAAGAAUCUCUACUGACCCAUGAGCUACUGGGAGUCCCCAAACCAAAAGAGACUACAAUGGGUUUACUGAAGGCUCGGAAAGUUCUAGAAGAAAAUUUUGGGAACAUGCAUGUGUAUUUCGGUGUGCCAGUAUCAGUCAGAGAUUUGGCCAAUGGGAAAGUCAACCGUUCCCAGUAUAACCUGGUACCCAGGGACUUGCCAUUGAAACCCAGCGAGGAUGUUCGAGUGUUUGUGGGUGAUGUGGCUCAGCGUGUAGUCCGUCUACAGGAACAGGGGAUGGUUCUGAGUCCCUGGAGUCUGAUGGCUCUGGUUCUGAUCCAGUACCCGGAGGGGCUUGACUGGGACCUCCUGACCCAGAAAACUCUUUGGCUGAAGGGUUUAGCACUAUGCUAUGGAGCCCGUCUGGACUGGCCUGAGCAGGUUUCUAACCUCGAGAUGAUGUCAUCACACUUGGCCCUUCAUCACACUGUAGCCCGCUGUGAGAAGGGGCGUGUACUCCUGGUUGAAGAGGAUGGGCUACAUGGGGCGGAGCCUGUCAGUGAAGAGGAGGGUGUGCUCAGACGUGCUGCAGUGGUGCUCAUAUGCGCCUCCUACAGGAACCAGGCUCUGCACGUUUUUGUACGGCCUGCCAUGGCUGCUGUCGCCAUGACAACUGCCUCCAGUGUACGAAAACUGGACGUCUUCAGUCAGUUCCGCUUCCUGUUGGACGUCUUUGCCAACGAGUUCAUCUUCAUUCGCAACAACGCCGAGCAGGACUUUGACCAGGCAUGUGCCUUGCUGCAGAGAAGUGGAGCAGUGUGUGCUGAUGAACACAGUCUAAAUGUGACUGAGGAAGGACAGACGACCCUCCACUUCCUCCAGACCAUGUUGGAGCCUUUUAUACAGACAUACAAGAUGGUGUUUAGGUUCCUGUGUGAAAGCAAUGCUCAGGUGUUCACAGAGAGGAAUUUCACACCUGCAGUGCGGAGCUUUGCCGUCAAACUCAUACUCUCAGGAGAGUUGCAGUGUUACGAGUGUCUUUCCUCAGACACACAGAAGAAUGCAAUCUCUGCCCUACUCAACAUAGGAGCUGUCACCAAAUCAAGAGUAUCUGAACAGACUGAAUUCUCUGUGAAUAAGGCAGCAGUGAUGAGAAUAGCAGACACUCUGGACGGCCACACUCCCUCUCUCAUGAUCUCUCACUCACGACUGUAAACUACAGCUGCUGACUGCUGUUAAGGGAUUCUGAGUGUCUCUGUCUCUCUCAGUCACACACACACACACACACACACA